GGCAGAUAUUUUUGCCUGUGUAUGCUCUUACUGGAAGUCAGCAGCAUUAGUCAGACUCAGACAGUGAGGAAUUUCCUUGGAGCUCCUCGGGCUUCAUUGAGGAUUAUGAUACCAUGCUAAGGAUUCAUUAAUCUGAAGAUUCUAAAGAGUUAUAAUCAGGCAGUUCUUUCAGAAAUACUUUGUGAACCCCAUCCCAGCAUAAAGGGCACUGUGCAUGGAACUGCUCCUGCUAUGCUCUGACUAGAUGAAGGUGGGCUUCCUGAAAUGCCUUCGCUGAAUGGAAUAAACUGCUCCUAUCCUGCACUUAACAGCUCUCGCAGUAAUGCUGACAGAAAUAGUUGACAAGUCUUCCCAUGUGGAUGCUUUUUCUCAGUCUCAGCUGACUGUUCAAGAGAGGGAUCAUCUGGGCUCUAACAGAGUCUUCCAUCAGAGAGUCAGUCGUGGUGUCCUUUCCCUCCCACAUCUGGAAGGUCAAGUGAAGCAUGGUCUGGCUGCAGACACUGCAAACCCUCUCCCCUUUGAGAGCAGCCUGCCUCAAAUAGCAAAUAAGAGCUUGAAGAGUGUCCUCCCCUCUCUUCAGGAAAAUGGAACUCAAGGCAAUUUCCCCCAAUUUAACCUUCCAGACAGUGUUCCUGAGAGUGAUACCAGAGUCCAUACAAAACCAUCUGAACUGGAGAGCACCAGCAUCGGGGUCAAACUGCCUAUGACAGCUUCAGAAGCCUUGAAAAAUUUUAGAAACCAGUUAACAGUCUAUGAGCAAAAAGAAAUUUUCAAUUAUACAGAGCUCUGGUUUCUUGGCCUGGAAGCUAAAAAGAUUGAAGGUUUGCCUGAAACUCAGAAUAAUAAUUGUUAUGAUGAUGAGCAUGGUUCCUACUUAAAGGUUUUGCAUGACCACAUUGCCUACCGCUAUGAAGUCUUGGAGGUCAUUGGGAAAGGGUCGUUUGGGCAGGUGGCCAAAUGCUUGGAUCACAAAACCAAUGAGUUAGUGGCAUUGAAAAUAAUAAGGAAUAAGAAAAGAUUUCACAGCCAGGCUUUGGUAGAAGUGAAGAUCCUUGACGCUCUGCUGAAGAAAGACAAAGAUGAUACUCACAAUAUCAUCCACAUGAAGGAAUAUUUCUACUUUCGCAAUCACUUCUGUAUCUCCUUUGAACUGCUGGGAAUAAAUUUGUAUGAGCUGAUCAAAAAGAACAAUUUCCAAGGCUUCAGCCUGUCUUUGAUUCGCCACUUCACUCGGUGUGUGCUGAGGUGUUUACAAGUGCUCUACCAGGAAAGAAUCAUUCACUGUGAUCUGAAGCCUGAGAACAUACUAUUAUACCACAAUGGGCAAGGCUCAGUCAAAGUUAUUGAUUUUGGAUCAAGCUGCUAUGAAGACCAAAGAGUGUACACCUAUGUUCAGAGCCGCUUUUAUCGCUCCCCUGAGGUGAUUCUUGGUCAUCCUUAUGCUAUGGCUGUUGAUAUGUGGAGCUUGGGCUGUAUCAUAGCAGAGCUUUACACAGGCUAUCCACUGUUCCCAGGGGAAAAUGAAGCUGACCAACUUGCCUGCAUCAUGGAGGUAUUGGGCCUUCCACCAGCUGAUUUUAUCCAGGCUGCAUCAAGGAGGCGAACAUUCUUUGAUUCCAAAGGUUUUCCUAAAUCCGUAACUAACAGCAAGGGGAAAAAGAGAUGCCCAGACUCCAAGGAUCUGAGCACAGUACUGAACACCCAUGAUGCUGGUUUCUUGGACUUUUUGAAAGGAUGCUUAAUGUGGGAGCCUUCCCUGCGCAUGACUCCUGAUGAAGCGAUGAAACACGCGUGGAUCCAGGAGCCAAAAAUAUUCCGGAAAACACAGGCUCCAAGGAAGAUGAGUGAUGGCUCCUUCUCUGCACUGGAAAAUAGGAGAGAGACUAUUCAGAAUCUCUGGAAAAAUGCAGCUGACAGAGUGAGAAGUGAACUGGCUGACAGGCUGACUCCCUUCACAGGCACAGCAGAAAGUGAUGUGCAGAACACAAGGAAGCAUGCUAUUCCAGAGAAAUAUUUGGAAAACCACAUGGAAAAGCCUAUUAAAUAUGAUCAGGCAGAAGACAGUGGUGAAAGAGCUCUUCCAAAAACUUCUCUUUUUUUCCCACCAAUUAAGUAACACUCAGCACAAGCUAUGAUUGGCUCAGUUGCAUACCUAGUGUAUUUUGUAGGUAUUAUUUGUACUCAGGAAUAUAAGCUAUAUCUGUCUGUUCAUGGGCUGUGCAUAUUGUAAGUAUAUUUAAUGUUCUUUUUACCCUGAAAUCAUCUAGUCAACCAAAACAGAAUUUGAAAACCAUUCCUUUUCCUCAUCUACAUCCUUGUGAUCAGAGAUUCUUCACAACCAGCAGCAAUAAAAUGGAGACUGUAGAGGUGGA